UUGUCAGAUUAGCAAAUUUUAGCUAGCUGGCAAAGCAGCUGGUAAACGUAACGAAACAACCCAAAUAACCAGCAGCCAUGGCAUCUGUUUUAGAUGCUCUCUGGGAAGACAGGGACGUUAGAUUCGACAUAACAGCACAACAGAUGAAAACACGUCCAGGAGAAGCACUAAUAGACUGUUUGGACUCCAUAGAAGACACGAAAGGAAACAACGGAGAUCGAGGGCGACUGCUGGUUACAAACCUGAGAAUCAUUUGGCAUUCUUUGGCUCUGCCAAGAGUCAAUUUGUCUGUGGGUUACAACUCCAUCAUUAACAUCACAACAAGGACAGCUAACUCAAAAUUGAGAGGCCAGACUGAAGCCCUCUACAUCUUGACAAAGUCCAACAACACAAGAUUUGAGUUCAUCUUCACAAAUGUGGUUCCAGGAAGUCCACGGCUCUUUACUUCUGUCAUUGCUGUCCACAGGGCCUAUGAGACAUCUAAAAUGUACAGGGACCUGAAAUUACGAGCCGCUCUCAUUCAAAAUAAGCAGCUAAGACUCUUGCCCCGGGAGCAAGUGUAUGAUAAAAUUAAUGGAGUUUGGAAUUUAUCCAGUGAUCAGGGGAACCUUGGAACCUUCUUUAUCACCAAUGUUCGGAUUGUGUGGCACGCCAACAUGAAUGAGAGCUUCAAUGUCAGCAUUCCUUACCUUCAGAUUUGGUCCAUCAGAAUUAGAGACUCAAAGUUCGGCUUGGCUUUGGUGAUAGAGAGUUCACGCCAGAGUGGUGGCUAUGUGCUCGGGUUUAAGAUUGACCCUGUGGAUAAGCUUCAGGAUGCACUUAAAGAAAUCAACUCAUUGCAUAAGGUGUACUCUGCCAACCCCAUCUUUGGAGUUGACUAUGAAAUGGAAGAAAAGCCCCAGCCGUUGGAAGAACUCACGGUGGAACAGCCUCCUGAUGACGUGGAGAUCGAGCCCGAUGAGCAGACUGAUGCUUUCACUGCUUACUUCGCUGAUGGAAAUAAGCAACAAGACCGUGAGCCGGUUUACUCCGAGGAGCUGGGCCUCGCCAUUGAAAAGCUGAAGGAUGGCUUCACGCUUCAAGGACUGUGGGAAGUUAUGGGCUGAAAUAAUGUGAAAGGUGUAUGUUUUCUGUGUAGAUAUUGUGAUCAUAAAGGCAACAGUAUAUUUAUUUAUAGGGCGGGCUAAAAGUAUGUACAGUUUUAUGCAUAGAUAAGUUUUCAUAAAAACAAAAUUUUUAAAUUACUUGUAUGACAUAUCUAGUGUGGGGAUAUUUAUGAAUAGAAUGUGAAAUAUAAUGCGGUUUGUAGUGUGUAAAGUAAAUAAAUGUA